AUGGACUUCUCUCCAGCACAGCUACAUCUAAAGGAUAUUACCGAGUCCCCAGAGUGGAACUCACAGCAGCAAUGGGGAUACCCUGAUUCUGAAGGCUACUGCAGCCUGUCCCCAGCGUCUUCCACAGAUUCUUCCAGCUUCUCACCUCCAUAUGGGUUCUAUGCUUUCCCUAAAGAGAUGUCCACCAGUUGUAACACAGUUCUGCCUCAGACAGACAUGCAGUCAAGAACCAGGAAUCUAGCUCCAAAAAAGAGCAUGAAGAAGAGGUUUAUGUGUGGCCAGAGGCAGAAUGCAAGUGAGAGGGAGAAGAUGAGGAUGAGGAAUCUCUCUACUGCCCUUCAGCACGUUAGAAGAUACUUACCUCCAGCAGUGGCCCCACCUGGGAAAAACCUAACAAAGAUUGAGACUCUGAGGCUCACCAUCCGCUACAUUGCCCAUCUUUCAGAGGUUCUAGGACUUGAUGAGGAGGCCCUGGUGAGGAGAAGAGAAGAAGCCAUCAGGGGCUCUAACAUGUGCCCAGUUGGUCUGAGCUGUUGCCAAGGCAGCAUGCAUGCCAUUUGCCCAGAAUCUAGAGACAUGCUCCCAGCCACUGCCACCCCAUCCUACCUGUCCUACUCACCAGCACCACUUCAAAACCACACAGGCCUUGGCCAAAUAGACAGAGAACUGAAGACGGCUGUCCCACAGGCUUAUGAAUGUGAAGCUCCGGCCAUGACAGCAGCAGAGACAAUGACAUUUUCUCCAUGUGCACUAAAAGGCAGGCCAUCCCACGGAACAACAUACAUGGACACCAAGGGUGGACUCACUGCUCCUUCACCUGUCUCUCCAGACCUGGGCUUUUGUUCGAACUUCAUUGAUGACAUGUGGGAUGAUCUUCCAGAAAAAGAUCUUUGGACAUCGUUUCAGCCAACGGGAGUCCAGCCGCAACAAUUCUGUUAA